AUGCUGCCGUGCAUCUGCUCUGUUGAUGUUGCGCUACGCUGCUACCAGCGUCGCCGCCCCUGGUCCACCCCUCCCCACAGCUUCGGCCCGCCGCGCCUCGCGCCCCCGAGCCCCGCUGCAGCUCCGCCUGCACCUGCCGCCGAGCCCGCCACCGCUACUGCUGCUCCACCAACGCCCCGCGCGCCCGCGGCUCCGGUCCCCUCCGCCCGCCUUGGCCGCUCGCCUCCGCCCUCCUGCUCCCCGCGCCCCGCCUCGCCUCCUAUGCCGCCCGCCGGUGCCACGACACCGCCGGCGACCGCCCUCGCCAGCCACCUCGCCGCGCGGCUCCGGCCCGUAGCCGUGGCCGUCGCCCUCCCGACGGCCUUGGGCGCACAUGCGGGCGCCCGUGCCCGUUCGCCCCGUUAA